AAGGGGAGUUGAAGAGUUUUGUGUAGCCCCAGAUAAGGGCACAGGAGAGGAAAAUAACGGAGAGGAAAAUAACGGGAAGAAUAAUAACUUAGAGGAUAGGGAACUAGACCGAGGACUGUUAUCUUUUUAAAAAUUUGGCCGCUGAUUUUACAGGAAAUGUAAUGCGCAUUUUGGUCAAUUCCUACUAAACUGGACAUCAGAUAAUUGAAAGUAAAAUCGAGAAAGGAAUCUGAAAAAUUGCCAUUUCGUCUCGGAGCUGGGGGGAGAAAGGGAACGUGAGGCUGCUGCUGGACAUUGGACGGGGAGGGGACACCACUGCAUCUCUCUCUCUCUCUGUCUGUUUCCGUGGAGAGCAGGGGGGUGGGAUUGAACCGCAAGAAACACAUCAUGCAACACAAUGGUAACGGAGAAGAGAGGCAGUCAGCCAACCAAUCCGAGCCUCAGCUCCAGGGGACGCCGAGUGGAAGCAUUCUACACAUCCCAGGCAGGGACACCCUUAGCGACCCCACACUCUUCCAACUGCCUGCCCAGUCAAAACUGGAGUUCAAACGCAACGCAGUCACAGAGGACUACAAAAUAACAACUCAAGUACUAGGACUGGGUAUCAGUGGGAAGGUGAUGGAAUGCUACUGCAAGAAGACAGGGGAGAAGUGUGCCCUGAAGAUUCUGUAUGAUUGUCCUAAGGCGCGGCGGGAGGUAGAGCUGCAUUGGAGAGUGUCGGGGGGCCCAUACAUCGUUCACAUCCUCAGCCUUUAUGAGAACAUGCACCAGGGGAAGAAAUGCCUGCUUAUCAUCAUGGAGUGUAUGGAAGGAGGGGAGCUGUUCAGUCACAUUCAGGCCAGAGGGGACCAGGCGUUCACAGAGAGAGAGGCUGCGGAGAUCAUGAGGGACAUAGGCACGGCCAUCGAGUACCUCCACCACAUGGACAUAGCUCACAGAGAUGUCAAGCCUGAAAAUCUGCUGUACACCACCAAGGAGACCAAUUGCGUUCUGAAACUAACUGACUUUGGCUUUGCCAAGGAGACCACCCUCCACAACUCCCUCCAGACACCCUGUUACACCCCCUACUAUGUUGCCCCCGAGGUGCUUGGUCCAGAGAAGUAUGACAAGUCGUGUGACAUGUGGUCUCUGGGCGUGAUCAUGUACAUCCUGCUAUGUGGGUUCCCUCCAUUCUACUCUAACACUGGCCAGGCAAUCUCUCCAGGGAUGAAGCAGAGGAUCAGGAUGGGCCAGUACAAGUUCCCCAACCCUGAGUGGGCAGAAGUGUCUGAGGAAGCCAAACAGCUGAUCAACCAGCUGCUGAAGACAGACCCUAACGAGAGGAUGACCAUCGGGCACUUCAUGAACCACCCUUGGAUCAAUCAGUCGAUGGUGGUCCCUCCGACUCCUCUGCACACGUCCCGUGUUCUGACAGAGGACAGAGAACUGUGGGACGAUGUCAAGGAAGAGAUGACCAGUGCCCUGGCCACCAUGCGUGUAGACUAUGACCAGGUGAAGAUCAAAGACCUGGACACGUCCAACAACCCGCUGCUCAAUAAGAGACGCAAUAGACCUGGUGCUGGGCAGGCUGAGGGAGAGGGGGGAGGAGGGGGAGGUGGUGGGGGAGGAGGGGGUGAAGGAGUAGUCGGAGCAAUGGUUUGUAACAGCCAGUGAGAGUUUGAGGAGGGGGUGUUAUAUUAAGGACAUUAUUUGGACCAAUAUUCACCAGGGCCCUGAUCACAAGUUGUUUCUGGAAUUAAUCAGAUCUUGUGGUCAGGAAAACUAUUCUCGUUAUUGGUCAAAAUAAGUGUUUAAUUGGACCACACCAAGAUUGAGAUGGCAGCAAUUUGCCCUCUGUUGGUAGUAAUCAGAAAGAUAAGGCUUUUCUCUGUCCUUUACUUGUUCUGUCACCAGCUCAUACGAGAUUCCAGCUCAGUUAAUCAGACUGAUCUAUAAUAUAAUUGCUUUUGUUUUGUAGAUGUCAUGUUUAUUUACUGCUAUUAUUUUCAUGAAAUAAAUGUUUGUUUCUAAGGAA